AUGGCUCAUUAAGGAUUUAACUUAAACGGAGGUGCUCAUCCUUGUUUACCUUUUUAUGAAAGAAUGCUCGAUUGUAUUAGAGCAGAAAUUUUACCACUUAAAAUGUGUACAGAUGAAACAGAAGAUUAUGUUGAAUGUCAUUAGAGAAAAAAACAAGUUAUUUUAAAUUAUAAAUUAAGUCAAGAACUUAAUAAAAAUUUAAUUGUAGCCUUACCUAAAUAUGAUGAAGAAAAUGAUAGAUUUUUACCAUAAAGUGCAUUUAAUACAGAUGAAAUAUUCAAUAAAGGAAGAAGAUGAUAGUAAUGGAUUUUUUUAUUUAUUAUUAUUGAAAAUAAUAUAAAAUUUUUUAUAAAAAAAAGAAAAAUAUUGCAAGUUUUAAAUAUUUCAUUAUAAAAUCUUAUAUGAU